UGCCACAGCCAGUAGCAGCCCUCGCCCUGAGCUACCAUGGUCAUCAAGACGGAGGUGUGCGCGUUCUCGGACACCCGUAUCUACCCCGGGCACGGUGUGCGUUUCAUCCGCAGGGAUGGGCAGCCCAUCACCCUGUUCUCGGCUAAGUGUAAGAGCUUGCUGAAGCAGAGGAAGAAGCCGGCGAAGCUGACUUGGACCCAGGCAUGGAGGCGCCUUAACAAGAAGAUCAAGGUGGAGGAGGUCACCCGCCGCCGCACCCGCAAGACCACCAAGCUCAACCGCGCUAUCGUGGGCGCCUCGCUGGAGGAGAUCAAGAAGAAGCGCAGCCAGAAGCCCGAGGUCCGCAGCGCGCAGCGCGAGGCGGCCGCCAAGGAGGUGAAGGCACGCAAGGCCGCCAGCAAGGCCGCGAAGGGCUCUUCCACCGCGAUGAAGGCCAAGCCCACUGCCUCCAAGCAGAAGGGCGCCAACACCAAGGCCCGUGGGGGAGCCAAGCGCUAAGGCGGUCAUCAAGCCAAGACAGACCGUCUUGCGUCGCCGCUGAUUCUUUGGCGAAGACGCAUAUGAUGGCGUGGGCUGCCCGAAGAGUUUGCUGAGAGCUUCGUGCGAGGCUGCUGCGUCCUUGCGCCCUCACUAGGCGGAGGAAUAGAUGACUGGCUCAGAGCGAAUGAACUCGUUGCUGCUACUUUGUGCUCCUUGUUUUGGCAUCUCCUCUGCUCGGAUUGAUGCAGGAGUAAAUGGGAUGCGCAGCGUGGGCCUAGUUUUUUUCAGCCGCAUGCGAAAUUCGAUUUAGUGAGUACGCUUGACUCGUGUCGCUAGGUCGUUUGUCGCUGCUGCUGCUGCUGCGAAGCACUGGGUGGGCGGGGGGCAAAAAGACAAGGAAAAAAACACAAAAAAAAAAAAUGGUUCCUCGAUUUUGACUCAUUUUCUUGUUCUGGCAAAAAAUACUCGAGUUGAUAUGAGAACGAAGCUCUCGUUUUCUCGUGUCAGGUCGCAGCGUUAUAGCGGUUCGACACCAAAGCUCUCGGAAAAAAGAACAGAAGUAGUGCUGCUGGCCGAACGCUAUGGCGUCACGUCGGGCGGUGUGCAGUGCAGUUGCCCCAGAGCCUAAUUUUGUGGUAAACUACUGCUGCCGUUCCUGCUAAGCUUGGCCGUUUUCCGCGUAC